AUGACACCGCAUAUAAAGCAUGAAAUAAAAUCUAAGCAAAAGCCAUUUAGAUCUGUGGACAUACCAAGGUACAAGCUAUUAUGUGACAAAGUUAUCUCACUUGUAUCAAAUGCGAAAGAGAAUUACUACCAACUAAAAGCAGAAGGUACUCGCGAAACGAAUCUGGCAAAGUGGUACAAAACUGUAUAUGAACUUGCUGCUGCCAAAGACUGUAACUCUCAAUCUCCAGCAGAUGUCGCAGCAGAUCUAGCGGAACGCCUGCAACAAAGCUUCACCAAACCUUGGCAGAAUGCCAACCCAAAUGAAAUUCCGGAUGUUGGGGGAAUUUAA